CAGCUGUCAAUUGUUGUCGAUAGUUUGUUGUUGUGAGUGUGUUAUUAAAAAACGCAAAAUCUUUUCCGGGAAGUGUAAUCCAAGAUAUUUUUACCGAAGUAGUGGGAUUUGACAACUAAAGUAAAGAUGGAUAUAUAUGGUUAUCCAGGUUUUCCGUAUAAUCAGUCAGAUGAAAUGGCGAAACAAAUGUUUGCACAUCAGGCAUUGGCUUCGUCAAUUCCUUUCAACCGUGCAUUAGCAGAGCCGCACGCCAUGCCUGCACCCACGGGAGCACCGUGGAACGUUCAGGGGUUGCCCUGGGGUAUGUCGUCACCACCUCAGCUGGUACAGUUCACUGGUCAGCACCUCAAUACAGAGCAAAAGAUCAGUCCUGUAAUCCAUUGCAAGAGAAAGAGUCUGGAUGUAGAACCAGUCAUUCCAGCAAAACAACUGAUAACAGAAGAGAAAAUGGCCGCCCACCUGAACAGCCUCCACAUAUCAUCAGAGUACACGCCACAUGCACUAGCCAGUGAUGAAGUCAUGGACGUAGGCAUGGAACCUGUGACGGAGAAGCUGAAGGGUCACACAAUAGUCUUGAGCGAGGAGUUGAAGAAGUUGCAGGAGGAGCCUCUGUUACCUGCCUCUCUUAUUGAAAGACUGGAGAAACCCCACAUGUCACUAGUAGUUUGGAAACCAAGAGAGAGCAUUCUAGAAAAAUUAAAAGAUGAUGAAAAGAAAGAAGAAGAAAAGCAGCCUAAAAGAAGAAAUGGUGUUCUAGUCCCCGCCCACCAGACUGUGUCAGAAGAUAUUGAGAUGUGAUACUGAUGUAAAAUGAUAGCACCAUAAGACUAACACUGUGUACCUUUCUGAAGAUUGUAUGUAAGUCAAUAUCAAGUUUAAGUUCUAAGUUUAUACUUAUGUUUUGGCAUUGUAGCUGUAGCUAAGUAAUUUGCUCUGAUUUGUUUUUUUUUACAGUACAUAUUUACAGGUUUUAAAUAUUGAAUUGAAUACUAAAUGUCGAAUAUAACUGUCUGUUUCAUGUUAGAUUGUCUGUAAUAAAAAAAGUGGUAACAGGUACUUGUCUGGAGAAAUGCAGCGCGAUUUUCACUGCCAUGUAAAAAACUACUCUCAAGCUCUUGCAAUAAAGUCGAAAAUGAAUAAUAUCUAAUAAUUUUCGACUUUUUAAUGCAUGAUUAUCAUAUUCUUAUUUGCGCUGUGAAUCUUCAGAUCUGCUCCAGCCCUAACAUAGUAAUUGCUGUAUUUCGUUUUAAUAAGUGUAGAAUACUAGUUGUAUCUGUUUUUAAGCCUUGUAUAGCUAUGGAAUUGUGAGGCCAAGGGCAUACAGCCAUGCAGUAAUGGCUGUCUCAUACAUAAGUAAAGCUACAGAUAAGAUACGUCAUAAUCUAAGUACAUUCAUAAUUGUGUAAUAUUUAGUUUUCCGGAAUCCGUGUAGCUAUUUGCUAUUCGUACUAACUUCUUAAAUAUACCACAUAUAAUACAUAUUGACCUGGAUGUGCCUCCCGCAAAUGACGGUAGUGUCUUAAUAUUUUUUUCUAAUAUUUCCUUUACAACUAAAAUAGAAUGUUGUAACCCUUAAAUAAAAUGUUGGUAAUGAAGCCCCAGCACUUCAACUUUAAAUAAAAGUUUCCCAGUGAAAGGGCUAAAAAUGAUUUGAUUAGGAAAUUUCCAAGUUUUGUAAAAGUUUAUAGCAACGUGCUUUCCCAGCUCCUAUUACGCAACAAGGUAUUUUAUUUUUACCGAAAAAUACGUUAUUUUAAUAGAACUUCCAUUAGCCAAAACAACGACUGGUCGGUUUUAAGAAAAAUUUUAUUAACCCUCUUUCUAGUGUGUACUGUAGGUCCCGGCUGUCAUUGAACAUCCUUGGCAGUCAUUACAGGUAGUCAACAGCCAGUAAGUCUAACACCAGUCUAACUAAGGGGUAUUGGGUUGCCCGGGUAACUGGGUUGAGGGGGUCAGAUAGGGAAGUCGUUCCUUGUAACACUCUUCUUGUCGCAUUGGUACUCAGCUUCAUCAGGUUAGACUGGAAGCUGACCCCAACAUAGUUUUGAAAAAGGCUCGGAGGAUAUUUCUAGUGUAGCCAGGCAAAAGUGCCUGAGCCGUCGUUUGCGGGGAAUCAAACAAUUCAUGGUCAAAACUUCAAAAAUACUUUUAAUUUACUUCCUAAAUCAUUGUAAUAUGAAUUGCACGUUAGUUUUAUAACUAUUAUGUACUUCUAGGUAUAGUGUAUUUGUAUUAUACUGUAAGUUUCGAACAUCAAUACCGGUUUGAACCAGUUAUGUUUGUACUAUGGAGCCUAAAUGGUAUUGGGAAACUAGUGAUUUCAGACCGACAUUGAUAUUUGAAGAUACAAUCAAAGACCUCUCAGAGAAGAAGAUGAAUGUAAGGAUGGUCGAUUUUGUAAUGUUUUCUUGGGAAAUAAAUGUAAGGUAAUAAUGUU